CCUCUCCUCUCCUCUCCUCUCCACAGUAUGAGAAGUAGUGCUGCAGCAGGAUGCCAGGCAAGGCAGCAGACACGUUCCAACCUGGGGACUUGGUCUUCGCCAAGAUGAGGGGCUUCCCCCAUUGGCCGGCCAGGAUCGCCCGGGGCGAGAGCUCUAAGAAGAAGGUUCCAGUGUUUUUCUUUGGAACUCACCAGACAGCAUCCAUACCCACUGAAAAUAUAGUGACCUACGUAGGGAACAAGGGCAGAUAUGGGAAAGGAGUGCGCAUUAGAGGUUUCACAGAGGGAAUGUGGAGAUAGAGAACACUCCUAGAGUAUGCAGCAAACAGAAGGUG